GUUCGAUACCUUCAUGUACUCAGUUUGACACAAAACGCAAUGACGUUUGGCUGAGAGCGGUGGUCCGGUCGUGUGCUCGUGUAGUCUAGCGAUUUCAGUGAAUUAAGUAUUUCCGAAUCCACCGGCGUUCAGCUCGCCACCGCGCAUCGCUAUGGCGGACGAGGAGAACAACUGUGAUGAUGGUGGUGGUGAUCUGAAGUUAGGGCAGGCGUUCCGGCAGCGGGGCCGAAAGGGUGCCCUGAAAAAGAAGAAUGUUUAUUUCGUGAAGGAUCACAAGUUCAUGCCGAGGUUCUUCAAGCAGCCGACGUUUUGCUCGCACUGCAAGGAUUUUAUAUGGGGUUUCGGCAAACAAGGCUUCCAAUGUCAAGUAUGCAGCUUCGUGGUCCACAAGAGAUGUCACGAGUACGUCACGUUCACGUGUCCCGGCGCCGACAAGGGGGCGGAUUCCGACGACACCCGCACGCGACACAACUUCCGCGUCCACACGUACGCGUCGCCGACGUUCUGCGACCAUUGUGGGUCACUCCUCUACGGGCUCAUCCACCAGGGGCUCAAGUGCCAAGCAUGCGACAUGAACGUGCACAAGCGGUGCGAGGAGUCGGUGCCCAACCUAUGCGGCUGCGACCACACCGAGCGGCGCGGACGCAUUCAGCUAACUGUCACCGCCACCGGAAACAAGCUUACUGUCGAAGUAAAGCAAGGCCGCAACCUGAUCCCGAUGGACCCCAACGGUCUCUCCGACCCCUACGUGAAGAUGAAGCUGAUCCCUGACUCCGACAACGUGAAGAAAAAAACUAAGACCAUCCGCAGCACCCUCAACCCCGUGUGGAAUGAGACGCUCACCUUCGAUCUGAAGCCGGAGGAUAAGGAUCGCAGGCUGCUUAUUGAGGCCUGGGACUGGGACCGUACAUCCCGCAACGACUUUAUGGGCUCCCUAUCUUUCGGGAUCUCAGAACUGAUGAAAGCGCCCGCCGACGGCUGGUUCAAGUUCCUCACCCAAGAAGAGGGCGAGUUCUACAAUGUGCCAGUACCCGAGGAAGGUGCUGACUUAGCCCAGCUCAAGACCCAGAUGAGAGCGACCACUGUUGGGGCAAGACGGGCCCCGCCACCGCCUGACAGGGAGGUUCCACAUAACAUGGCGGCAUCUGAUGUUAUCCGAGCAUCCGAUUUCAACUUUAUAAUGGUGCUUGGCAAAGGGUCAUUUGGAAAGGUAAUGUUAGCCGAGCGCCGCGGCACAGACGAGCUGUACGCCAUCAAGAUCCUAAAGAAAGACAUUAUAAUCCAAGAUGACGACGUGGAGUGCACGAUGGUGGAAAAGAGAGUGUUGGCGCUCAGCAGCAAGCCGCCGUUCUUGGUGCAACUGCAUUCCUGCUUUCAAACUAUGGAUCGCUUGUACUUCGUGAUGGAGUACGUCAACGGAGGGGAUCUGAUGUUCCAAAUCCAACAGUGUGGGAAAUUCAAGGAACCCGUUGCUGUGUUCUACGCAGCGGAGAUAGCUAUCGGGCUCUUCUUCCUGCAUUCCCGCGGCAUCGUGUACCGCGACCUGAAGCUGGACAACGUGCUGCUGGACCAGGAUGGGCACAUCAAGAUCGCCGACUUCGGCAUGUGCAAGGAAGGCAUCAAUGGCGACAAAACCACCAAGACCUUCUGUGGAACUCCCGACUACAUCGCCCCAGAGAUCAUCCUCUACCAGCCGUACGGGAAGUCCGUGGACUGGUGGGCGUACGGCGUACUGCUUUACGAGAUGUUGGUGGGACAGCCGCCGUUCGACGGAGAGGACGAGGAGGAACUGUUCGCUGCUAUCACUGAUAACAGCGUGUCGUACCCCAAAACACUCAGCAAGGAAGCCAAGGACGCGUGCAAGACGUUCCUUAUGAAAAACCCUCAAAAGCGGCUUGGCUGCGGCCCCAAGGGGGAAGAAGAUGUUCGUACGCACCCGUUCUUCCGUCGCAUUGACUGGGCGCGCAUUGAGGCGCGCGACGUGCAGCCGCCCUUCAAGCCUAAGAUCAAACAUCGCAAAGACGUGUCCAACUUCGACAAGCAGUUCACCACAGAGAAGACCGAGCUGACGCCCACCGACAAACUCUUCAUGAUGAACCUCGACCAGACAGAGUUCAUGGGCUUCUCUUUCCUCAACCCCGAAUAUGUGCAGCACGUCUGAACAUUCAGGGUUCUUCUCUCCAAUAUCGACGCUGGCGCGGAAUCGGCAUCGGUUUCUGAACGUGAGCUCUCUAUCUCUGUCGCUCUCACGGCGCCUGCCGUUCGUUAUCUUACUUAGACUAUGAACUGUUCCGUUCAAAAACUAUGAUCUGUAAUUUGUAUUCGUUUAUAUGUUGACGUAAUCGUAACUUGGAAUUUUUAGAAACACCAUUUUUUCGUAGGUGUAAGUAUAAGAUGUAAUUUAAUCGUUUGCUCAUUUUAUACCUAAAAUGUUUAUUUACCCAUCCAUUAAGACAUGACAAAAGUAUAUUAACCUAUUUAUUUUGUUUACUGUUUUUCAGUGCAAUAAAUUCGCUAUUUCAACGAAUUUCAAUAAAAGCAAUACUAAUCGGAAUUAACUUACAGAUAAUAUACUAAUUUAUUUUAAAGAUAAUAUACUUUAUUGUUACUGUCUUACCUCUGUUAUUCUUUUAUUUAAAGUCGUUAAUUUUUGACUUAAUUUUAUCAAAUUUUGUUUAUUUUUAUUUUUACUCUGAAUAUCGUAUCUUGGGGCCACUUGGUAUUAAUAAAUGUUAGUGACACGUUUGAUGCCAUUUGUCAAUAAAUUAUCGAUCUAUUCUUAAGUUAAUAGGGAUUAUAUUCGUUUGGCAAUGUUGACAGAUGGUGUCUUCAGCUAACGCAUCUCACAUUGUCAUAACAUAUCAGUGUUAAUUGUAAAAAUAUAAAUAAUUCAGUGUCGUGUCUAGUGGGUGGUAUACUUCAUAAGUAUUUGAAAAUAUUUUUUAUUUUAUUUAAUAAUUGUUUUUAUUAUUGAAGCUCGCUGUAUUCGAAUCUCAGGAGUUCUAAGACCACUUUGUUUUUAAUCAAUUUUGUUUUUUAUUAGUCACGUUGAAAGAUCAAUUGUUUAUACGUGUUUAAUUCUAAGGCCAUUUUCGUAUGUAGCUUUUAUCUAUGGUUACCGUUAUGGCCAUGAAAUCUUUUUAAAUCGGCUGUAUUAAGUUUACAUUGUCUAUAUUUUAUUGAAUUGUUUUACAAAUCAUUUUUAGUCAUGAAUUUUCUGUACUGGCCAUGUUUUACAUAUCGGCGAAUACUAAUUAAAAAAAAUUGAUAAACGUUAACACACGUUCGCACUCAACGAAUGCGGUCCGUACCGUGUUCGAUCGUGGAAAAUACAGUUCGCCGUACACAUUAAUAUUUCUCUCACUAUCUCUCCUGCUCUAACACAUAGAUAGAGAUAGAACGUUUCUAUAGGAAGCAUCAUGUGCUUUAGUGAAAACAGCUCCAGCUUCAAAUACAGCCUUAACGGCCAGUACAGGCAUUUUAUGGUAAAUUUUAACGUGAUUACAUUUUGUGAUCUUUGAUUUAUCCCGUUUUGCGUGAAUGUGUAUGUAUGUGUGUAGUGUGAUGUACUUCGUUUUUCUGUAUGGUUUUGUGGUGUGAUAAGAUCAGUUAGAUGGAUAUUAUACAUGGUAUGUAGAUUUAUGUAGAGUGAGAAAGCGAUCUAUACCUUUUUAUUAGAGUCGCUGAUAUGUUUGAACUCUCAUCGCACCACAAUGAUCCAGCUUACAUUUGCCAAAAUCACACGACGUGUUUCUGUAUCAGUAGAAAGGGUUGUACUAAUUGUCUGCCCUUUAGUAUAAUCAGAGCUUUAUCUGCAAUUAAAAUCAUUUUAAACGGGUUACUGGCGUAUUAUUAAGUCGAAUAAGCGCUCGACAUGUUUGGAUACGAUUUUGAGGAUCUUCGCCUGGAGCACCGACUGCACUGUCUGUGACGUGACGUGUAUUCAUUUAUCUGUGCCAUUUAUACGGGAAAGUGGUGAAAAGGUUUAAAAAAAGGUGGCACCGAAAGCAUUAAAAUUCAAGUGUGAAUACUUCACUAUCGAAUUUAGACAAUCCAGAAAAUAUGUUUAUUUUUGUUAGGUAUGAUUUGUAAAUGAAAUAUUUGUAUUUUUUCGUUUAUCAUCUCAUGAACCUGCUACCAUACAGUCGAUGUUACACUCUCAUUUUAAAACGACAUUGUUCAAUUACAUGAAAACUGGCAAUAAAAUUGUGUGUGUUCAAAUAUUUUUAAGCACCUCGGCCACUCCGAUAUAUCUGAUGGCGAUUAUACUAGUUUUCGUUCCUAAAAAUUUUGAACAAGGAAAAUAGACCGAGUAGAAGUUAUUGUAUGUAAAAUUUCUACUCGCUCAAAUUUAUCUUAUUUGUAAUUUUCGUAGAAAAAUAGUAGUACGAAGUACCUAUACUUUAUAAAUUAUAUAGGAUUUUUUGAAAAAACAAAAUGUUAAAUUUACCCCUUACCGCAUGUAAUAAAAAAUAUUUGUUGAAAUUUGAACUUUAAAACUGCCGUCAAUAGUGUUAAAUAUCAUAUUCGCCAUAUAUGGCUUGAUAUGCGCAGCCAACUUAAAAGAAGGUUAAUAAUGAAAUGUAAAAUAGUGAAACCAAAUAAAUUAUUUUGUGAUCUUUGUUACUUGAAUGGUCAUAUUUCGUAUUUCAUAAUAUUGUUUUUAAAUGAGAGCGUAACUUCGAUGUGGGCUAGGUUCGUGUGAUUCAGAUGAGUUAUGAUCGUGAAUGGGGAAGUCAACACAGUGAAAUGAAUUGAAGUAGUGAAAUGAGGUUGUUUUAGAUACCGUUGUGUGAGUUUUGACAAUGCUGACAAUCGUCUACUAAAAUAGCCUUACUAACUUAAUUAAUAAUAACGUAUAUUAAAUAAAAAUACAUUUAAAAGUGUAACACUCUUGCUAGAUUAAAUGUAUGUGAAUUUAAAAGAAAAAAGCAUUUGAUUCUAAAUUGAAUUGUAAUAAAAUGACAUUUUAGGUGUUCUUAUCAUUUCUAAGUCUUAAAACUUUAUUUUAGCCGUUGAAUCUUUUGACCGCCUUUAUUAAAUUUAGCAUUAAAUUUAAAUUGAAUGCUAAAUCUAGCAUAAUUAUCGUACGCCAUUACGAUAUUUCGUAUUUUUUAUGAACUUGAAAUUGUCUUAACCUUGGCGGUGAAAAGGUUAAAAUAUAAUACCGACUUUUGUAAAAGGUAAAAACGGCUUUGUAUUGUAUAAUUAGCACGGCUUAGAAGUCCUAGCAAUGUUUUUUAGCAUUAAGUGUAGACUUAGGUUAGCACUCUGGCUCAUUUUGUCUGUCCUUUAUUCUUAACUAAAAUAAGCAAAAUUCGAUGGUUCAGCCGCUAUAGCUUUUUAUUGCAAAAACUAAAUCAUUCUUUAACUUAAACUAUUAAGCCUAUAUUGUGUAUAUAAAAUAAAAAUGUAUACAAAAUAUUUAGAGAAACUAACAUCGACGGUUUUUUUUACUACAAAAGCAGGAAAUGAUGUACCUAUUGAAUUGAGCUGCACUACUGCGAUAUAUUGCUUGAUGUAAACCGUUUGACUGCAUUGUAAAUCUCUAAAUAUCCAAUAUAUUUGUAAGUUUGUUUAGAAAAAUGAGCCAGAAUAGGUUUAAAACAGCUGGAGAGGGAGACAACGUAGCGAGCGGACGCUCACCCGCGAAUGAAUGUUCGCAUCCCACACCACCCUUUGAAGUUGAGGCAUUGUUAUAAAAUAAGUUCAAUUAUACUUUUGAGAACUGUGACAAAAUAAUCAAAAGAAUCUCAGGAAAGAAUCCUUUUCACAAAACAUACCCAACAAACAUUGACCCGAAUACGAUACCGAGGUGUAAUUUCAGUUGAAAAAGUGAUUACAUGUAAAAUACUGUAUUUACCUCAGUAAAUCAGAUGACGAAAUCGAAUCCAUACGAAUACGAUGAAUCGUAGUUUUUCCAACGGUUCGCCAACACAAACAUCACGCGGUACGACCGCUCUGCUCGCCGGUCUAACAUCGACUGACUGUAACUGUCAGUGACGUCACCAUGACGUAAGCGCUCGAAACGUCUAUAGACUACAUCCCUUUCAUUAUUUUUCGAGAACUAUGUAAAUCAUAACAAUAAAUACCCAACGUCCUAUAACUACGCUGGCACCAUUGCCUCGGUCGGACAUUUUCAAGAUUCCGAGAUCCAUGACUCAAAUAGUUGAUACCUCUAGUCAAGAUAUCGGCCAGUCAAAAAAUAACCUUAAAGUUUCAGAUUUUAAGUUUAAUUUCAAGGGUUUCGCUGCCUUGAUUUGCUCGGUAGGAUUCGAAGGGUAAACUGGUACGAGUGAACCUGGCAGAUCUUGGCGCUGUUCAUUCAUAAGAACUGGCAGUUAAAUCUGAAAGUGGCUAACCUUUAGUCAUGAAAGAGAACUGAAAUAUUGGUUCUUCAGUCGAUAAUACUUAUUCCAUAACAAUGUUUUCUACUCAUCAACCUCCACCCAGCUUUUAACAUACCUUUUUAGACGCAAAUUAAACAUAUUCAUUUAUUUAAACAUCCUGCAUAAAUCCAAAUAGUAUUACUAAUUAAAAGGGAAAUAUACAGCCUAAAUACACAGUCACUGGUAGCAGAAACAGCAAGUAAUAACAACAUAAACACACACACACACACACUGUUAACUGUUCAUCGGUGGACCUUGUUACAAAAGGCAUAAGGAGUGUUUCCGUUUGUACCAGUGACUAGCAUUUACAUAGAAAACAAGGGAAUAGUCUAGCGACCGCGAAUCAACAAAUCUUUGUCACUACUUAUGGCAUAACAGCAUAUAUUUUUAUAUCAUAUUCAAAAUAUAAAUUAGGCUUAUUAAGGUUUCUCGGUAUUAAUGAAUUACUAUAAUAUUUCAAGCAUAAUAAGUAUUAUAUAUAAUUGUGAAUUUCAAAGUAUCGAUUAUAACCUAACCUACAUAGCUCUAAACUAAAUGAUUAUUAAUUAAUAAUUCUUAUUUUUGAGGGUAGUCGUCUAUACUUUGUUUUUUUAGCAGUAGAAAAAGCUCCACAGAAGUAAGCGUCUAUCGUUAUUAUACAUAUUAUGUACCUACUUCAGAAUUUUAUCGCCGAAAGGGCCCGAUGGAACCCCAAGCUUACUUCUGCGAAGUUCUUUCUGAUGCUAAAAUAACGAAGUAUACUUAUAAGAUAUGAGACAAAUUAUAAUAUUAUAACUUACAUAUAUCUUUGAUGAUGAUUGUCAUUUGUUUAAGUAAUAUAAAUAAAAAAUAUUUCAAGUUGUAAAUGGUUGAAUUUAUCGGGGCUUUUUAAGGUAUUUACUGUUAUGCCAAAAAGUGACGCACUAGCAACAUCUAGUAGAUUGUUUUGAGCCCAUUCGCAGUUCCUACAUUAUUCCCAAUUGCAGAAUUUGCAUUUCGUUUUACAUACCUAUUAGUGUUUGCUAGCCUAUGCCUUCUCCCUUCAUUUCUCUGACUUGGUCAGUUAGUAAAUAGUUAAAAGUUUAUGAAACUUAUAUUAAUCGUAUUUAUCCUUAAUCAAUCAUUAUUAUAAGAUCUCACUUGUAAAUAAGCAUAGGCGUAUUAACUUGCUGGUCAUUUUAUCUCUAAGUAUUUUUAAUUAGCUGUGAAUAAAUUAUGCUUUUACUUUAAAAAAAUAUAGAAUUCGCUCCUAUUGUGAAAUUUCCACGUUUUAUUUUAAAACACCAUAUCUGUAUUACAUUAAGUAUUUUACUUUGAGGAUCUUAUCAUUAAUAAUUAUUGUUAUGUUUUCAGUGAGAAAUUAGUUAUAAAACUUUGAUAUUAUUUGAAUAGGCUAGCGUAUAUUAAGCAUUAGUUUACUCUUACUAAGACACUGCUGUUACCUAUUUAUAUUGAAAUAACUUUGUCACAGUUGCUGGAAGUAGAUCUUAGGUAAUAUAACUGUAACGUGAGAUAAAUAAUUUCUAUCUGAUUUAGCCCUAUCUCGAAUAAAAAUGCCAUUACAAGAUGGCUCAAUCUAUUCGGUAGUGUAGUGUACCUACUACCAACUUUUUUUCAUCCGUGUGAAAAUGUUCAUGAAAGAAUAGGCCUAAACCUUUAUUUAGAUUAAGCCCGUAGUUAAUACAGGUGUUUAGUAUACUUUUUAAAAUAUUUUACUAUUGAAUAUUUGAAAGAUAUAAAAGAUUUUACAUUGACGAUGUUGUUGCAAGCACCAUCACCUGUGCCAAAUUGUAUUUGUAAAUAUUUUUCCACGAUAUUAGAUUGAAUUUAAAAUUACGAAUAACCAAUUUUUACUUACCUUUAUCCUACUUCUUACUAGCGGUGUCGAUAGACUAUGAGUAGAAGGUACGGGUUGUCUGCUAGAACGUUAGGUUUACCGCAUUAUUGUCUGUU